AUGGAGGCUGAGAAGCCCCAAGAUCUGCAGUUGAAAGGAAAAGAAGCUGGGGAAGGAGUGGCAAGCACCACGUCCAGCUGCAAAGGGGGUAAGAAGAAGCCCAAGAAGCAGGCCAAGGAGACGGAUGAGGAAGAUAAGGCAUUCAAGCAGAAACAGAAAGAGAAGCAGAAGAAACUCGGGGAGUUAAAAGCGAAGGCCUCAGGGAAGGGCCCCCAGGUCACAGGUGGAAUUAAGAAAUCUGGCAAAAAGUAA